UCUAAAUCACUUUCACUUUUCUCUUUCUCGAGGGUCAAUAGACCUUCAGAUUUCCAGGCGACACGUCGCAGCUCUAUCCUUCCUUGAUUUCCAUGCAAUAAUCUAUAUCUCUUUCUAUUCAUUAUGUACCACAAUAACGCCAUCAGAAUCCUGACUGGAAACAGCCACCGGGAGCUCGCCCAGGCUGUGGCCGAGCGGCUCAAUCUCCCCCUCGUUCCAUGCACCGUCAAAAACUUUUCUAAUGGAGAAAUCAACGUCAAAAUAUCCGAAUCCGUUCGAGACGAGGACGUUUUUAUCAUUCAAUCCGGAUGCAGCGAUGUCAACGAUAACCUGAUGGAGCUGCUUAUCCUCAUCUCAGCCUGUAAGACAGCUUCAGCCAAACGGAUCACAGCCGUUAUUCCCUGUUUUCCCUAUGCACGAAUGGACAAAAAGGAUAAGUCUCGUGCUCCGAUUACGGCGAAAUUGGUAGCGAACAUGCUCGUCGUUGCCGGGUGUGACCAUGUUAUCACGAUGGACCUUCAUGCCAGUCAGAUCCAGGGUUUUUUCGAUAUCCCGGUGGAUAAUUUAUGGUCGGAACCACUGAUGCUCACGUAUAUCAAGCGGGAGAUAGAGGGAUGGCAAAACGGGAUCAUUGUUAGUCCGGAUGCGGGGGGCGCAAAGCGGACUACGGCUAUUGCGGAUAAGCUUGGCGUAGAAUUCGCAUUGAUCCACAGAAAGCGCGAUGGAAAAAAUGAGAAUGCGCCCGAACGAAUGGAGAUACUUGUCGGAGACGUUAAAGACAAGGUGGCCAUUCUGGUUGAUGAUAUGAUCGACACCGGUCACACGCUAACAUUGGCUGCCGAGACGUUGCAUGAGAAAGGGGCGAAAUCAGUUCAUGCUCUCAUAUCGCACGGUCUACUGUCAGGAACUAAUCUUGGCGCUAUUAAUGAUUUGCCGAUAGAGCAACUAGUAGUGACGAACACAGUUCCUCAGGCGGAACAUCUUGCCCAAUUUCCCAAACUUACCGUCAUAGAUAUAGCCCCUACAAUCGCGGAAAGUAUUCGCCGGACUCACAACGGUGAAAGUAUCAGCCUGCUGUUCGGCGAAUGGGCUGAGGACAGGAAUAGGGCUGUAUAAAUAAUUGGCUCGAUAUGGAUUAGAAGAGAUGGU